CCACAAUGCAAUUGGUGCAAGCAUCAUAAUCUCGCUUGCACAUACAGUAGACUUUCCGACACGGGAGCACGCUCUCAGGGUAGAGGCCGAGGAAACCAGUCCUCCGAGAAGGCGAAAGAGACCCAUGCCGAUGAUCGUCAAUAUGUCUCGCCAAUUCGAGCAGGGACCAUGGGCCCUUUCAACGGGAUUGACCUAUUCUCCGAUGCAGGCCGGAAAUGGAUCGAAUCCCGAACAGGAGAAAAGGUCAACCUCGAGACGCUUGAACUCCCAUGGGCGAACACAUAUCGACUCUAUACUGAGUCUAGUAUCCCAGUACUUCCCAACCGGUUGAUUGUCGAGAGCUACGCGGAGAUGUACUGCUCGUCGCUCCACAUCCCCGUCUUCCCGGUGAUCAGCAAAUCGCUGUUCACUAGAACAUUAAAUCUUGCCUAUGGGCCGGCGCACAUUGCUGGCUCAGCUAGUGCUAAGUCUUGCAUUUAUGCGUUUCUGUCUGUGGUAACUCAGUUUGGGUUUGAUGAUAACAUGCACGGAGCUAUGGAUUGUGGCUCUUAUGCUUCGGCUGCCCAGAGCUUCAUGGCUCGGAUUACGCAGGAAAUGACUCUCGAUGGACUGCAAUCUUUAAUAAUGCUUGUGCAAUUUCAAUACUUCCUAGGAGACUUGCAAGCUGCAGCAGUCUCCGUGUCAAUCGCUACCAGACUACUAUACGCCUUCGGUGCUCAUGCACCAUCUGAUAGCUUUCAAUCAUACAACAAGAGUAUUCCAGAGUGCCAUUUGCGCGAUCUCUUCUGGCUGUGCUAUUCGUUCGACAAAGAUAUUUGUCUAAGAACUGGACAGCCACCUUCAAUUCAUGAUACAUGCUGCGACCUCACCCUUCCAACAGGCUACGCACAGCUACAGGACUCAAAUAUUCUACGGGAAACCUUGUCGAUCGAUGACCACACAGUCCCGCUCUAUCCUUUCGACCUUCGUCUUUCACAGAUAAAGUCCGAAGCAUACCAAGCGUUUUACUCCGCCAGCGCGCGUCGCAAAGCAGAUACUGAGAUUUUGUCAACUAUUCUAAAGCUGGACGAGGCGCUGGAGCAGUGGAGACUUUCCUUGCAUUCGGACUUCCGUCCGACGCUAUGGUUUUCACCCGAGACACCUGCUGUUGCGAUGAACACGCAGACAACCAUGUUGCGACUCGCGUACUACCAUUGCGUGACUAUCAUCCACCAAGCGAGUGAACGAUGCAAAUACUCUGAAGAAUAUGGACCUGAACAUGAUGGAAUCCGUUCCAGUAUCAGCCUUACCAUCAAUGCCAGCCGGUCCACGCUCUCUUAUCUAAAAUCUGCAAUGCCGGUGGUCAAGGGAGAAUGCUUUUGGGUCGUCCUUUUCUACGCUAUAACAGCCAUUCUCACCCUCUUCCGUAACAUCCUCCACAAUGCUCUCGACUCCGAAAUAAACCACCACAUGAAUAUACUCCGUGAAGUCCCUGACCUGAUCCGAAGAAUCCCCAUCCGGAAGCUCACAUUGGGCGAAGUAAUCCACUUGCGAUUCCUAGAUGGUUUCACCACCGAACUUGUGAGGUUAUGCGAAUGCGCAAUCGCUAAGGCACGACAAAACGGGACUCAAGUGUAAAUAAUUAAUUAUAUCAAUGAAACCAUCUCAAUACCAG